GAGAUAGAGCUUGUGGUGGGCUCGAGGUAUGCGUUCACGAUCAACCCGUCUUGCACGCAGAUUAUCUGCCGAGAUCUCGACUCGACACGCUUGAACCGAUGAUCGUUCGCGAGAUUGCUGCCGGGUCCACUAUCAAGUUUCGGUCCAUCAAGCACUUCGAUGUCACGACGUACGCUCGACAUAGGAUCAGCCUUGUCAUUGUGGGACAGAACGAGAAGGAUCGCGGGGAGCCUCCCGCUGUUACCAGCCUUGUCAAGGUGGACAUACUCCGACUCAUAGAAGCGGACUACUGCGGUGCUACUGUCCACUUGGAGGAGCUCUACCAGCACACUGUGGUCUUGAAUAAUCUGAACAUAGUCCCUAAGCUGGAUGUUUCACCAAGCCCCAACGCACUCGUUGUUCAAUGGAGAAGAGGACCAAAAGCGCUCCUGUGGAAUAUUGACGACCUCAGCAGCGAACCAAUAACUCUCAUCCAUCAUUCCCAUGAACCUAAUGAUCAUGCUCCGUCGUAUAUCACCUGCCGAACGCACCUACUCUCCUUUCUCGAUUCAGGUGACAUGCCCUCACUAGAUGAAGUCAUCAUCACAGCAGCGCCACUUGACGAUGUUUUUACUUGUCGUUCGAUGCGUCCCACGGCUCGAGGGAUCAUACCUGGCGACCUUGCCAAGAUUCAGGUGCUGCGUGAUUCUGUUGUUGACACCAGGACAGGGGUCACCGAGGUGAUCCUAUCCGCCCAUGAAGCCGUGUUUCACUUUGACUUUGAAGAUUCCUACUUCGAUCAUAAUACCGUUGUUAUUCGACUGUGCAUUCCGUUCAUUCGAGCUGGUGACGCUCAAGCCAAUCUCAUUGUAGAGGUCCACCAUCUUCUGGCCCUUCCUCCCACUUCGCGAGAUGCCAUCAUCGGCUUAUCGUGGAACGGGUGCACGCGAUUGGCGGUAGCAUUCCCGGUUGGGGCUCACUCAGGUGAGGGAGAACCUGACGAGCGAGGGAAAACGCAGAUUAAAAUCGCGGAAGCAGAGUGGGACGAAGAAGCACAACAAGUCAGCUGCAGAGCUGCAGAGGAUGUUCUCGUAUAUGACGUAUCGAAAAAAGUCGAGGAGGGAAGAGCGAUGCUUAGGUUCUUUGAAAGCGAGAUUGGUUCGGGGAAGCUCAUCUUUGAGGACACUGUGCCUGUGCUAGGGAAGAACCUGGGUAUUACCACGUAA